UCCAUAGAGACCAAACUGUAUUUUUCACGGAGCCCAAAUGUCCAAAUGUCCAGAUAGAGCUGUCUGAAUAGACUCUGUGCUGUUCCCUUUAUCUGAACAUGUUUAACAUCUGAAUUAUCUCCCGGUGUCCUACGAAGCUAAUGCAGUUAGCUUAGCUUGCUAGCUGGAAACAGUCUGGAGGAAAAGCUGCUGUGAAUUAGUAAAAAUGUCUAAAGUGGAGAACGAGGAGGAACUUUGUGGACAACGCAAACUACUGGACGCUGUUUUCAAGCCUGGAGCAGACGUCCAGCUGCUGUUGGUGAGUAAAGAAGAGGUUUCCCCUGACCAGCAGGAGUGGAGCCCCAGUCUGGACCAGGAGGACCCACCAGUGCCCCCACACAUUAAAGAUGAGUGGAGCCCCAGUCUGGACCAGGAGGACCCACCAGUGCCCCCACACAUUAAAGAUGAUGUUAAAGAUGAGUGGAGCCCCAGUCUGGACCAGGAGGACCCACCAGUGCCCCCACACAUUAAAGAGGAAAAGGAGGAACUCUGGAUCAGUCAGGAGGGAGAGCAGCUUCGAGGGCUGGAAGAGGCUGAUACCACCAAGUUCACAUUUACUCCUGUCCCGGUGAAGAGUGAAGAAGACAAUGAAGAGAAACCUCAGUCCUCACAGCUUCAUCAAAGACUAACUCAACUGAUCAAAAUAGAAGGUGAUGAGGAGGACUGUGGAGGACCAGAACCAGCCAGGAACUCUGAUCCAGAUAGACAUUUACAACCAGAUACUCAUGAUAAGACUUCACACUCCUCUGAACCUGAAUCUGAUGACAGUUUUGAUUGGGAGGAGAUAAAGAAACAUGCUGAAUGUGCUACAAGCUUUGGUAACGAGGAACAUCUACAGGAACAUAAUGGACUCCAAACCGGAGAGAAGCCAUUUAGUUGCUCAGUUUGUGGUAAAAGAUUCCUCUGGAAGAACUCCUUAAGUAGUCACAUGAAACUUCAUUCAGAAAGAAAACAUUUCCGCUGCUCAAUUUGUAAAAAGACUUUUCAACGGAGAGAUACUGGUAUGAGGCACAUGAGAAUCCACACAGGGGAGAAACCUUUCACUUGUUCAGUUUGUGGUAAAGGAUUUUCACAAAAGGAACAUCUGAGACAACACAUGAGAGUCCACACAGGGGAGAAGCCAUUUAGUUGUUCCGUCUGUGGUAGAAGAUUCACACAAAGCUCAGCUCUGACCACACAUUUAAGAGUUCAUACAGGAGAAAAACCUUUCAGUUGCUCAGUUUGUAAAACAGGUUUCAGGCGCAGAGGUGAUUUGUUCCAACACAUGAGAACCCACACAGGGGAGAAACCAUUUAGUUGUUCUGUCUGUGGAAAAGGAUUUGGACAAAAGAUACAGCUUAGACGCCACUUGACUGUCCACACAGCAGUUCUGUCUGUGGGGAAGGAUUAAAACUAAGCUCAGGUUUGAUUAGACACUAAAGAGUUCAUACAGGAGAAAGACCAGCUGGCCAGUUUGUAAAACAAGUUUCAGAAGCAAUUUGUUCCAAAACAAGAGAAUGCAUACUGGGUAUAGACUAGGGGUGUGGGGACAAAUUGAGACCGCAUAGUAUUACGAUAUUUUCCGUGGCAAUACUGUAUCGAUACACGGACGGCAAGGAUUGAUCUUUCAUAAUAUCAAUUGAACAUGAGAAUUCAACUUUUUGGUACUAGAAUAAGAAAAUCUAUUGCUUUUUCAGUCCACUAGAAAACUCAACAGCGCCAUAUAGUGGGCUGAAAAAGUGAGAGGAACAAACUAUUAUUAUUAACGAAAUUUAUUUUUUUAGAUAAAACCGACGUUGACAAAGUUUUCCUAUGGGGCAUAAUUUGAAGUUGGAUAAAGUUGGUAAUUAAUUGCAAUAUAUCGGAAUAUGUUUAAAAUACUAAUAAUAUUGUAUUUCGAAAUUACAUCAUGGGGCCUCUGGUGAUUCCCACCCCUAGUAGAAACCCCUCAGCUUUUUAGUCUGAGAUUAAACAUUCACUCUGCGCUCUCACAUCAAAAAGCACAAUUAUGUUCUAUUAUUAGCUUGGUGCUGUGCCAUGAAUGUAAAAUCAUUGGGGAGAGCAUCAAAAUUAACCAAAUGACUUUCCCCAGAUCUAAUGGUAAUUCCUCCCCAGUAGAAUUCUUUAGCAAGUUCAGUUUUUGAGGUGUAGUUUAUUACAAAUGUGCUCUAGAUUUUCCAACAUAUUAUGCACAGAUGUGGUUCUAUUAACAGUCCAACAUUAUGUGGAAGCGACCCUUCACUAAGCCACGCCCCAAAUACGUAGCUGGCUGAUCACAGCUCAGUAUAGGACUCGCUCCAACUGAGGUCGGACACUUUCACAUCUGCGCUCCAUUGACUCGUUUUCUAGCUUUUUUUUUAGCUGUAUUUUCCAAGAUAUGGUCAAAUGCUGUUCCUGAGGCACUUGUAAUAGUUACAGC